CACUCACGCUGCUCUCCGGAGUUCCAGGCAAGUUCAGCAGCUCCCAGCGACCCGUGCAUCCGAGCUCCACGGCCCGAAGGGGUAGGUCCAGGGGAUCUGGAGGAGGUAGCACUACGGGGAAAAGUCAAAAGUCAGGGGUCAAAGGUCAUUCCAUGUCUGCUACUCCGUGCCCUUUCACUCCCCUCCCCCUCACCCAGUCGCUCUGUCUCCAUCAUUCUGGAGCCACAGCAGCUGCCGAGCAGCCCGGAAAUGCUGCAAGCAGUCCCUGCGAGGUAAGCCCCGCCCCGGAACGGGCGGAAGUAGAGACAACUUCCGGCACGGCCCCGCCGAGAGCGUGAACUAUCGCUGCGGAGGGGCAGACCUGGACCGGUGGAAGGCCGGGCGGAAGUGCGUGCCUGGGGCCGCCUUGGUUACCGCGUUUUCCGCCCUUAGCUACGUCAUCGUUGUGAGCCCGCUAUCAGCGGCCAGCGCGGGCGCGGCCGGAGACCGUGGGACCCGCGGUUGCCGCCCCCUCAGGUAAGGCCCUCUGCUUCUCACUCUUCGGCCCCUUUUUUCAUAGCCCUUUCUCUCUUCUUCCUCUUUGAGUUGCUCUGAGGGCGCUACGCUGGCUCCACCGCCUUCUCUGCCGUUCGAACCCCGCGGCUGUCCUUACCCCAGCGAGGGUAGGGGGGUCGGGUGCCAUCGUCUUGCCGACGGAGUGGGUGUUUGUCCCUCCCUGAGCCACAUGGUUCCUCGAGGAGCCACCAUGUUGGUGAUACCCCCCGGACUGAGCGAGGAAGAGGAGGCUCUGCAGAAGAAAUUCAACAAACUCAAGAAAAAGAAAAAGGCAUUGCUGGCUCUGAAGAAGCAAAGUAGCAGCAGCACAACCAGCCAAGGCGGUGUCAAACGCUCACUAUCAGAGCAGCCUGUCGUGGACACAGCCACAGCAACAGAGCAGGCAAAGCAGCUGGUGAAAUCAGGAGCCAUCAGUGCCAUCAAGGCUGAGACCAAGAACUCAGGCUUCAAGCGUUCUCGAACCCUUGAGGGGAAGUUAAAGGACCCCGAGAAGGGACCAGUCCCCACUUUCCAGCCGUUCCAGAGGAGCAUAUCUGCUGAUGAUGACCUGCAAGAGUCAUCUAGACGUCCCCAGAGGAAAUCUCUGUAUGAGAGCUUUGUGUCUUCUAGCGAUCGACUUCGAGAACUAGGGCCAGAUGGAGAAGAGGCAGAGGGCCCAGGGGCUGGUGAUGGUCCCCCUCGAAGCUUUGACUGGGGCUAUGAAGAACGCAGUGGUGCCCACUCCUCAGCCUCCCCUCCCCGAAGCCGCAGCCGGGACCGCAGCCAUGAGAGGAACCGGGACAGAGACCGAGAUCGGGAGCGGGAUCGAGACAGAGACCGAGAGCGGGACAGGGAUCGGGAUCGGGAUCGGGAUCGAGAUCGAGAUCGAGAUCGAGAUCGAGACCGGGAACGGGACAGGGAUCGUGAGCGGGAGCGGGAUCGAGACCGAGACCGAGAGGGUCCUUUCCGCAGGUCGGACUCCUUCCCUGAACGGCGAGCCCCUAGGAAAGGGAAUACUCUCUAUGUAUACGGAGAAGACAUGACGCCUACCCUUCUCCGUGGGGCCUUCUCUCCUUUUGGAAACAUCAUUGACCUCUCCAUGGACCCACCCAGAAACUGUGCCUUCGUCACCUAUGAAAAGAUGGAGUCGGCAGAUCAGGCCGUUGCUGAGCUCAACGGGACCCAGGUGGAGUCUGUACAGCUCAAAGUCAACAUAGCCCGGAAACAGCCCAUGCUGGAUGCCGCUACUGGCAAGUCUGUCUGGGGCUCCCUCGCUGUCCAGAACAGCCCUAAGGGUUGCCACCGGGACAAGAGGACCCAGAUUGUCUACAGUGAUGACGUCUACAAGGAAAACCUUGUGGAUGGCUUCUAGGGAACAGAGCUGGAUUCCUUGUGCCUCAUAUGCCCCAAUGCUGGUCUCAGUAAAACACUGAGGUGGAAGCUUACACAUCUCCCUCAGCCUCUGGUUUUUCAGCACUUGGGAUUGGGGUUAAGCCUUUAAAAAUGGGUGUCAGGUUUGAUCUCAGUGUAACAACAUGGCCAGUGCCCGUUCCCCACUCCCUUGCCCCAAAAGGAUCUGGAAC